AUGGCCGCCCGGCCCGGUGCCCUCCGCAAACCGCCCUUCUGGCCACGAUCGGCCGCGGGCCUGUGCCGGCCCCGGGCCGCGUGCGGCACCGGCGAGGAUCGCGCCCGGUGCCCCCCGCCGCCCCGCCGCCUCCCGCGCCCGCUCCGCCGCGCCGCCGCCACCGGGCCCGGCCGCCGCCUGCUGCUGUCCACCCCCAUCUUCUACGCGAACGGGCCGCCGCACAUCGGGCACCUCUACUCGGCGCUGCUGGCCGACGCGCUGCUCCGCCACCGCCGCCUGCGCGCCGCCGGCCCGGCGCGGCUCUGCACGGGGACGGACGAGCACGGGCUGAAGAUCCAGCAGGCCGCGGCCGCGGCGGGGACGUCGCCGGCGGAGCUCUGCGAGCGGGUCUCGGGGCUCUUCCGCCAGGCCCUGACCCAGGCCGGCGUCGCCUACACCGACUUCACGCGCACCAGCGAGCCCCGGCACCAGCGAGCCGUGAGGCACUUCUGGGGUGCCCUCCGCGAUGGAGGGGUGCUCUACAAGGGCUCCUACGAGGGCUGGUACUGCACGCCCGAGGAGAGCUUCCUGCCCGAGAGCCAGCUGGCCGAGGGCACAGACGCCCAGGGCCGCCCCUGCAAGGUGUCCUUGGAGACCGGCCACGAGGUGCACUGGACCAAGGAGGAGAAUUACAUGUUCAGGCUCUCAGCAUUUCGGAAUCCCUUGCAGAACUGGCUUCGGGACAACCCACGUGCCAUUUUUCCUGACCCUUUCUACCAGUGCGUGCUCCGCUGGCUGGACGAGGACUUGCCAGACUUGUCGGUGUCCCGCGAGCGAAACCGGCUGCAGUGGGGCAUCCCCGUGCCCAGUGACCCCACACAGACCAUCUACGUCUGGGUGGAUGCCCUGGUGAACUACCUGAGCGUGGUGGGGUAUCCUGAGAGCCACGGUGCGUGGUGGCCAGCCGUGCACCACGUUGUGGGCAAGGACAUCCUCAAGUUCCAUGCGCUGUACUGGCCGGCGCUGCUGCUGGCAGCAGGGCUGGAGCCCCCCGAGCGCAUCCUGGUGCACUCCCACUGGACUGUGCGGGGCCAGAAGAUGUCCAAGAGCCUGGGCAAUGUGGUGGACCCCAGCGUGUGCAUGGGGCAGUACGGCGUGGAUGGGUUCCGGUACUUCCUGCUGCGGCAGGGCGUCCCAGAGAGGGAUUGUGACUACUAUGAUGAGAAGGUGGUGAAGUUGGUGAAUUCAGAGCUGGCAGAUGCGCUCGGGGGGCUGCUGAAUCGCUCAACAGCCCCCAGCAUUAACCCCAGCAACACCUACCCAUGCUUCUCAGAGCCCUUUUUCCCAAAGCUCCUGGAUUCCAGAGAGGCAAGAGGCACAGGCAGGGCGUGUGCUGAGGACUACAAGCUUGUGGCAGCAGUGGCCUCCCUGCCUGCGCAGGUGGACAGUUAUUUCGAAGGCUUCCAGAUCUACAAGGCUUUGGAAUGCAUUGCCCAGUGUGUGAGGCAGACCAAUGGCUUCUUCCAGAGGCACAGGCCUUGGAAACUUGACCGAAAGGAUGCUGCAGAGCAGCUCUGGCUGGACACCAUCCUCCACGUCACGCUGGAGUGCCUGCGCGUGUACGGGACGCUCCUGCAGCCUGUGGUGCCACUCAUGGCAGACAAACUGCUGUCCCGGCUGGCUGUCAGGCCAGGAGAGAGGGGUCUCUCUGGUCUGACAUUCCUGGCACGCUAUGAUGGAAAACCAUGUCCUUUUGAGGGGAGGCAGCUCGGACCUGACACUGGCAUCUUGUUCCACAAGCUAGGCAAGUUGGAAAUUAUGAAGAAGAGAAAGCAAGAAGCUCAUGUCCCUGACAAACAGCUUCUGUGAAUAAAAACUUCCAGGAAUUCCUGGAAAACAUUAUUAAAA